AUGGGGCAAACUGUCUCAACCCCUUUGAGUCUGACUCUGAAACACUGGACUGAUGUGAAAUCCAGAGCUGAUGGUCCAAUGGUUGUAUUUGCUCUCCGAGGAGGAAAAAAGAAACCAGAGGUAUUGCCAUCCACUGACCGGACUGGCUUCUUUCUGAUCCCCCUCCCCACCCUCCUCCUUUCCGAUCACAGGCAGCCCGACCGUCUGCUCCACCGGAGGAAAGCCCACCAGAGAAUGAACCUGAGGGAGGGCCUACUCAAGAGACAUGCGCCCACCUGGGAUGAUUGCCAGCAGCUUCUCCAGGUCCUGUUCACCACAGAGGAGAGACAACGAAUCCUCCUUGAGGAUCAAAAGAAUGUGCCAGGGGCCAAUGGGCGACCUACUCUCCUUCCUGAUGUUAUAGAUGCAGGGUUCCCGUUGAUCAGACCAAACUGGGACUUCAAUUCGGCUGAAGGGGCUACAGGGAACAAACAGUACCCAUGGACUACCCAAAGAACAGUGGACCUAGGCGUGGGCCGGGUAUCCCACUCGUUCAUAGUCAUUCCUGAAUGCCCCUACCCAUUGCUGGGAAGAGAUCUCCUCACCAAAAUGGGUGCACAAAUUCAUUUUGACCCCGAGGGACCUCGGGUGCUAGAUCAGCAAGGGAAGCCUCUCCAGGUAUUAACCCUCAGGUUAGAAGAUGAAUACCAAUUGUUUGAAAAGCAUGGGCAGCAGACUGGACAGAUGGACUAGUGGUUAGAAAACUACUCCCAGGCGUGGGCAGAAACAGCAGGGAUAGGAAAAGCUAAGAACCGGCCCCCCAUCCACGUAGAAUUAAAGGCUCAAGCCAGCCCUAUAGCUGUCCGCCAGUACCCAAUGACCAGAGAAGCACACAAAGGCAUCCAACCCCACAUUGCCCGCUUGCUCCAGCUGGGAAUCCUACGGAAGUGCCAAUCAGUGUGGAACACACCCUUGCUGCCGGUUCGGAAGCCUGGGACUAAUGACUAUCGACCAGUCCAAGACCUCCGAGAGGUAAACAAACGUGUGGCUGAUUUCCAUGCCACCAUCCCUGAUCCCUAUAAUCUUUUAAGUUCUUUACCUCCAGACAGGACCUGGUAUUCAGUACUGGAUCUCAAAGAUGCAUUCUUCUGUUUGCCGCUGACUGUAAAGAGUCAGGAUUACUUUGCCUUCGAGUGGAAAGAUCCAGAGACUGUCCUAGUGGGACAACUCACCUGGACCUGCCUGCCUCAAGGGUUCAAAAACUCGCCCACCAUCUUCGACGAGGCCCUCCACCAGGACUUGGCUAUGUUCCGGUCCUCUAACCCCCAGGUUACUCUGUUGCAGUAUGUGGAUGAUCUCCUCCUGGCAGCGGCCAAUGAGAAGCUGUGUCUAGAAGGAACAAAGCGACUCUUUACAGAGUUGGGAGAACAAGGCUAUCGAGCCUCCACCAAAAAGGCCCAGAUCUGCAAGCGACAGGUCAGUUACCUGGGGUACCUUCUUAAGGAUAAAAAAAGAUGGUUGUCUGAGGCCAGAAAAGAGACAGUGUUUCACAUCCCGCCACCCUCUAACCCAAGGCAAGUCAGAGAAUUUUUAGGUACUGCUGGGUUUUGCUGCCUGUGGAUACCUGGUUUUGCUGAGAUGGCAGCCCCAUUUUAUCCCCUCACUAAGAACAGUCAACCCUUCAAGUGGGGAAAAGAGGAACAACGGGCUUUUGAUAACAUUAAAAUGGCUUUAAUGUCUGCACCGGCUCUAGGACUCCCCGAUGUAACUAAGCCUUUCCACUUGUAUGUGGCAGAAAAUAAGGGAAUUGCAAAAGGGGUCCUAACUCAAAGACUGGGGCCCUGGAAAAGACCGGUAGCAUAUCCAUCCAAAAAAUUAGACCCAGUAGCCGCAGGGUGGCCAGCCUGUCUAAGGAUCAUAGCGGCAGUUGCCGUCCUAGUAAAAGAUGCUGACAAAUUGACUAUGGGGCAAGAUUUAGUCAUCUCAGCACCGCAUGCCUUAGAGAGUGUUGUCUGCCAGCCCCCUGACCGCUGGCUCACAAAUGCUCGUAUGGCUCAUUAUCAGACUCUGUUACUAAAUUCAGACUGGGUUACUUUUGCUCCGCCGGCGAGCUUAAAUCCAGCCACACUGCUGCCGGACCCUGACCUCGACCCUCCCAUCCAUAACUGCCAACAAGUGCUUGCUGAGGCACAUGGAUGGUGGAAAGACUUGUCAGAUCAGCCUUUGACGGAUGCUGAAGCCACCUGGUUUAUGGAUGGCACCAGUUUUUCCACCUGGUUUAUGGAUGGAAAGAAGGAGCGAAAGGCAGGAGCUGCUAUAGUGGACGGCCAGAAUCUAAUAUUGGCACAGACGUUACCUGCUGGGUCAUCCACCCAGAAGGCAGAACUCAUCGCCCUCAGAAAAGCCCUUGAACUGGGAGAAGGCAAAAAGAUCAACAUCUACAUGGACAGCAGGUGUGCCUUUGCCACUGCCCAUGUGCACGGCGCUAUCUACCAACAGCGGGGUCUGCUGACCUCAGGGGGAAAAGAGAUCAAAAACAAAGAAGAGAUUGUAGCCCUGCUGGAGGCCCUUCACCAACCACUAAAAGUGAGUAUUAUACAUUGCCCAGGUCACCAGAAAGGGCAUUCCCCUGUUGCCAAGGGAAACAACUUGGCCGAUUCUGAAGCAAGGGCAGCAGCCCAUGGGUCCUCGUCUAUUUUGUUGAAAACAGGGCGUUGGCAUGCAGCGUCAGGCAAGCCUAUCUUACCACAAGAACAAGCCCAUGCCAUGAUCAAACAAAUGCACCAAUGGACUCAUCUGGGAAUAAAUAAAUUGACCCAGACUACCCUAAAAACAAAAUAUCAUAUCAUAGGGCUAAAACAAUUAGCAGAACAAAUAGUUAAAAUCUGUGUACCUUGUCAAAAAGUGAAUGUCUGCAAAAAUACAACAGGCCCUGGUAAAAGACUUAGAAGAGACAGACCAGGGAUGUAUUAAAAAGUAGACUUUACAGAGAUUAAACCAGGCAGGUAUGGUUACAAGUAUCUCCUAGUUUUUAUAGACACCUUCUCUGGAUGGGUAGAGGCCUUCCCAACAAAACAAGAAACAGCCACUGUCGUGAUCAAGAAAAUCCUAGAAGAAAUCUUUCCACGGUUCGGAGUGCCCAAGGUAAUCGGGUCUGACAAUGGACCCACCUUCAUGGCCAAGGUUAAAAAGACUUCAAGCAGUGCAGAAGGAAAUCUGGAUGCAGUUGGCAGCCGCUUAUGAGCCUGGGACCCCCAAAGUCUCUCAUCAGUUCCAGGUUGGGGACACAGUCUGCGUCAGACGACAUCAUUCCCGGACCCUGGAGCCUCGCUGGAAAGGACCUUACUUAGUGCUUCUAACAACCCCAACGGCUGUAAAGGUAGAUGGGAUCUCCGCUUGGAUCCAUGCCUCGCAAGUGAAACCUGCGCCACCAGAGGACCAAGGACUGGGGGGCGUCACCUGGAGAGUCCAAAGUGCUGCAGAGCACCCCUUAAGACUGAAAAUAGUAUGGACACCCUAACUGUUGUAAGAUGAAUACUCUCUUGUUUUC